AUGCCCCUCCUCGACCACCUACCUCAAGCACUGCUAAGGCACUGGACCCAAAUGCAGCGCGACCACAUACCUAUCCAAGAAGCAUGCCAACUAUCAGCUUGUCCACAUGCUUCCGAAGCAAACACCAUUAGCUCCAAGUCACGCUUUCAUACCUACGAGUGGGCGAUUGUGGUCGACUCAAUGCUCGAAGUUAGUGCUCACCUGACUGUCAACUCCACACUUGUCCAUCCAGCCAAUCGCCCUUCUGCUAGUUCGUCGCAUGCAAUGCAGCGCUACGGACAGACAUCAGGAAACCGCCUGCCUCCUGUUGGACGUGAGAUCGACACCACGAUACACCUCAGUGGACGAGACCACCGACUCACCCACGUUGCUACUGUGCUGCCAGCCUUUGGCAUGUGCCAGCGAGUCUGGGGAAGACGCCUAGACCACAGGCCCGACCCAGCGCGCCUCCUGCGAACUACCGGCCGAAUCCAAUAUCAUAAUCAACUCUAUUAUGCUAUUUCCACGUCAAAGGACAGCAGUCCGAUCUUUCGAUGCCUGGCGUCCUACGGAUCACGGGCCACCGGCAAAUGCCUGAUUUGCAGUAUAUCCUCAAUUCUCCUAAAUGCAAGAAAUCGCAGUCCAAGUUCCGCGUACCUCUGCUGCGUUACACAAGGAGGCACACGAGGAAUAAUACUGUCGAGCAUCGGUGCCUUAUUCGCUAUCCAAAAACACAUUUGUUAUACCAAAUCGACGAUAUACUUCGGUAUCCACUAUUGGUCUCUGCGUGCCUGUCUCGAUGUCGCCAGUGCGGGCACAGGUACAAAGGCUGAUGAGUGA